AGCCCAGCCUCUUUUGCAACUUUCCCAAGUUUGUGCAUGAGAGGGAGAGGAGGAAAACUCAGAAGGAAGUGGCUUAGCCUCAACAAACUCUUUUUUACUCCCAAAGCCUUUUUCCUCUGACCCGGCUGAGACUGCUGCUCUAAGAGGAGACCCCCGACUCAGAGAGAACCCCCGCCUGCCGUCAGAGGCUGAAAGGGCCCUGCAAGCUUUUCUCGGUUCCUGUCUAUUCCAGCAGCCCCAGAGGCUCUGAAGCCCCUCCAUGAAUCCUCGGAAGAAGGUGGACCUCAAGCUCAUCAUCAUCGGAGCCCUGGGUGUUGGAAAGACUUCCCUCCUCCACCGAUUCGUGCACAAGACAUUUUACGAGGACUAUCAGACCACACUGGGAGCCAGCAUCCUCUCCAAGAUUAUCAUACUGGAUGACAUAACUUUGAAGCUACAGAUCUGGGACACAGGAGGACAGGAGCGAUUCCGCUCCAUGGUGUCUACAUUCUACAAAGGCUCUGAUGGCUGCGUCCUGGCUUUUGAUGUCACUGACGUGGAGACCUUUGAAGCCCUGGAAACCUGGAGGGGUGAUGUUCUAGCCAAAACCAUUCCAAUGGAGCAGUCCUACCCCAUGGUGGUGCUGGGGAACAAGAUCGAUCUGGCAGACCGGCAGGUGCCACAGGAGGUAGCCCAAGACUGGUGUAAAGAGAAGGAUAUUCCCUAUUUUGAAGUCAGUGCCAAGAAUGACAUCAAUGUGGUACAAGCCUUCGAGAUGCUGGCCAGUCGGGCUCUGUCAAGGGAAGGUCAUGUGCUCAUUCACACCAGCCCAGAGUAUUUGGAGAGGAAGACGUGAGAGGUGCUGCUAGAAUAAGGAGGGAGCCGCAGCCUGGGGUGGGAAGAGCUGGGCUCUGAAGCCGGUAUCGAAGCGUCUUAGAGAAUUACCUCACAGACUCCAUCAAGCUCUCACCAGAAGGCCAGUCCAAGAGCAGCUGCUGCUGACCUUCCAGACUCCCGCUCUGCACACCCAGGGACAGAGCAUGCGCAAGGCCUGGUCAUCCUGGGCCCCCAACAGCCCCACUGCCCGCCGAAGCUCAGAUGGCAGUCCAGGCUCUGCGGCCAGAGCCCUGAAUCCCUCACAUCUGCGCGGGACCCAGAACCAGAGGGCGGCCCUGCCUCAGGCUGAGUGUAGAGAGGCCGGGGCUGGGCCCUUGAGCCUGGAUGAAACCCCGGAUGCCACAGCCAAACCCCAGAGGAGUCACGAUUCCCUCGUGGACUCCAGCUUUCUUGCCACACGCCCUUCCCAGCCACACCCCUGCUCCAGAAUGCACAUCUCUGCAGACAGGCCGCUCUCUCUGGAGUCCUGUUAUAUUCUCCUACGGACUGGCCUUCCUCAGCCCAACCACCACACCCCCCAAGAGCCACAGCACAGCUUUGGACAAGGGUACAGCUCAGGCUCCCUCGUAACCGGGGCCAGGGAGUGAGGGUCUACCUCAACCCCUGGCAGCAGCUGUUCAGACCGGGGGCACUCCCGUUUGUCCCCUCCAGAAUGCAGGACUGAGGGAGCGCAGGAGAAACCCACCGGGGACUGGUGCAUUUCUCCCUGCUGGUGCUCAGGCAACUCCCAUAACUCUCUUUGAGCUUCAGCUUAUUCAUCUGUCAAAUGGGAGUCACAUGUGCCCUGCCCACAUCAGUGUGGUUUUGAGGACCAGAACCUCUGCUUGAAUCUCAGUUGCUCUUGUUGAGAUACAUUUACUAUUCUUUCAACAAGUAUUUUUGAGUAUCUACUAUGUACAAUGCAUUGAGGUCCAGUGACAAAUGUAACCAACCUUGCUCUCCUGGAUCCGACAUUCUGGCGAGGGAGAGAGGCAGGAAACACAGAAUUUAAACAGGUAUUUUCAAAUAGCAGGUAAGUGCUUGAACAAAGUGAAACAAGGUAAUGGGAUAGAGAGGGACAGUUGGGUGCUGUUUCAGACGAAGUAGUCCAUGAAGGCUUCCCUGGGGAGGUGACAUUGGCUCAAAGGCUAGAGAAUGAGAAAGGGGCUGCCACCUGAACUUGACAAAGAACAUUCUGAGGAGAGGUUGCAUCAAGGACAAAGGCCCCAGAUCGAGGACAAACUUGUGUUCCAGGAACAGUGAAAAGAUUAAUUUAUCUGAGGACUCAAGAUUUUGGAUCAUCUUUACUGUCAUUAUUCUGAAUUAUUUUUCAGGUAAACUGCCUAUUUCCUCUUCAUUUAUUAGGUCUGGUGGGUUUUUACCUUGCUCCUUCAUCUGCUGUGUAUUUCUUUGUCUUCUCAUUUUGCUUAAGUUACUGUGUUUGGGGUCUCCUUUUUGCAGGCUGCAGGUUCGUAGUUCCUGUUGUUUUUGGUGUCUGGCCCCAGUGGCUAAAGUUGGUUCAGUGGGUUGUGUAGGCUUCCUGGUGGAGGGGACUAGUGCUUGUGUUCUGGUGGGUGAGGCUGAAUCUUGUCUUUCUGGUGGGCAGGUCCACAUCUGGUGGUGUGUUUUGGGGUGUCUGUGACCUUAUUAUGAUUUUAGGCAGCCUCUCUGCUAAUGGGUGGGGUUGUGUUCCUGUCUUGCUAGUUGUUUGGCAUAGGGUGUGCUGCACUGUAGCUUGCUGGUCGUUGAGUGGAGUUGGGUCUUGACGUUGAGAUGGAGAUCUCUGGGAGAUUUUUGCCGUUUGAUAUUACAUGGAGCUGGGAGGUCUCUGGUGGACCAAUGUCCUGAACUUGGCUCUCCCACCUCAGAGGCACAGCCCUGACACCUGGUUGGAGCACCAGGAGCCUGUCGUCCACACAGCUCAGAAUAAAAGGGGGAAAAAAAGAAAGAAGGAAAGAAAAAGAUAAAAUAAAAUAAUUAAAAUUAGAAACAAAAAUAAUUAAAAAAAUUUUUUAAAGUAAUUAAAAAAAAAGAAAGAAAGAAAUAAGAGAACAACCAAACCAAAAAACAAUCCACCAAUGAUAACAAGUGCUGAAAACUAUACUAAAAAAAAAAAAAAAAAAAAAAAACAACCAAACAGACAGAACCCCUAGGACAAAUGGUAAAAGCAAAGCUAUACAGACAAAAUCACACACAGAAGCAUACACAUACACACUCACAAAAAGAGAAGACGGUAAAAAAAUAUAUAUAUAUCGUUGCUCCCAAAGUCCACCUCCUCAAUUUGGGAUGAUUUGUUGUCUAUUCAGGUAUUCCACAGAUGCAGGUACAUCAAGUUGUUUGUGGAACUUUAAUCCCCUGCUCCUGAGGCUGCUGGGAGAGAUUUCCCUUUCUCUUCUUUGUUUGCACAGCUCCCGGGGUUCAGCUUUGGAUUUGGACCCACCUCUGCAUGUUUCACCCUCAACAACCAGGUACAGCAGACCAUCACCAUGCAGUAUGCAUGCAGCAAACUUGGCAUCGACUUUGACAGCUUCCUUGCUUGUAUGAUCCGCCUGGAGACCCUCUUCAAACUGUUCAGCCUUCUGGACAAGGACCAGAAUGGCAUUGUCCGGCUCUCUCUGGCAGAGUGGCUGUGCUGUGUGUUGGUCUGACCCAGGGUUCUGGACAUCAGUGACGCUCCCUGCCAGCCUGCCUGCCUCUUUUCUCCCUUUCUUUACAGUUUUGUGAACAUUUAUCCUCAGGGGAGCAUUCACUGGUUAUUCACCUCUUCCUUGCCGUUUGUUGUUCCCUGAGAUCCUGGCCUGUCCCACUGGAGCAGUCCUGGGAGCCCGAGAUCUCUUUCAGCAGCAUUUAAGCUGAUCCCAGAGCACAAUGGAGAGACAGAAAUUAAUUAAAGUUGUGGGCCAAAAUGGUUUCUGCCUUCCUCUAGUGAUAUGUAAUCUGGGGGGUGCCCUGGGGUGUUCCUGCUUUAGAAAAGAUGUUCUUGAGCAAUGAUGCAGCCCAAAGCUGCUGAAAGAUGGGAAAUGUGGGUGAAUUUCUUGGAGGAAAGGCCUGCUAUAGAUUAAACUGCCUCCGGGGACUGCCGUCAGGAAAGGAGCUGCUCCCGCCCUUCCGAGGAGGGCGCAGGGAGGGUCUGCUGGGGGGAGAGGCCUUUCUUCCUCACACGCAGACGGGAGAAAUUGCUAUACUGCAGGUCAGCAUGGGCUAAAGGAAAGGAAAGGGUAGGAAAAUUCUUGCUGAGGGGAAUUCUUACCUGACAAAUAGCUUGAGGGGAAAUGCAGUUCAGGUUAGUUUUGCUCAUGGCGGAACACAGCGAUCUUUGUUGUUGGUAAGAAAAUAGGUGCCAUAGCCUAGUGUCCUAAUGGGUAGUUGGAGACAGAGCUGACUCUCAUACGCAGAUGUUGGAAAUGAAGUGUACAGGAAGAUGAGUGUCUUAGUCAGUUUGGGCUGUCAGAGCAAAUACCAGAGACCAGGUGGCUUAUAAAAAACAGACACAUUUUCUCACAGUUCUGGAGGCUAGAAGUCCGAGAUCAGAGCAGCAUAGUUGGGUUCUGGAGAUCUCUCUCAGACUAUAGACUUCUCAUUGUGUCCUCACAGGGUGGAGAGCAGAGGGGAAGCAAGCUCUCUCAUGAUUCUUGGAAGAACGCUAAUCCCAUUCAUGAGGGGCCCACCCUCAUGACCUUAUCUAACCCUAAUUAGCCCCCCAGGUCCCACCUCCUGAUACUACCACGUUAGGGGGUGGGGUUUCAACGUAUGAAUUUGAAGGGGAUACAACCAUUCAGCCCAUAGCUGUGACCUACUGGAGAGAAAACACACAUUUAUGCCUUGGCCUCUCUAUUAGUCUGAUUAAGGAUUAAUUUUUGACCUCCAGAAGUAGAGCUGGAUGAAUGUUCCUUAUAGGAACAUGAUUUAUAAGUAUGGUAUAACAGCCAUCAGCUUUUUUUUUUUUUGAAGUAUAGUUGAUUUACAAUAUUGUGUUAGUUUCAUGUGUAGAGCAAAGUGAUUUAGUUAUAUAUAUAUUUUUUUUCAGAUUAUUUUCCAUUAUAGGUUAUUACAAGAUAUUGAAUAUAGUUCCCUGUGCUAAACAGUAGGACCUUUUUGUUUAUCCAUUCUAUAUAUAAUAGUUUGCAUCUGCUAACUUCAAUCUCCCAAUCCAUCCCUCCCCCCUUCCUCCCCCUUGGCAACCUCAAGUCUGUUCUCUAUGUCUGGGAGUCUGUAUCUGCUUUGUAAAUAGGUUCAUUUGUGUCAUAUUUUAGACUCCAAAUGUAAGUGAUAUCAUAUGGUAUUUGUCUUUCUCUUUCUGACUUACUUCACUCAGUAUGAUAAUCUCUGAUUGUAUCCAUGUGGCUGCAAAUGGCAUUAUUUUGUUCUUUUUAUGGCUGAGCAGUAUUCCAUUGUGUAUAUAUAUAUAUAUAUAUAAACCACAUCUUCUUUAUCCAUUCAUCUAUUGGUGGACACUUAGUUUGUUUCCAUGUCUUGGCUAUUGUAAACAGUGCUGCUAUGAACAUUGGGGUGCAUGGAUCUUUUUGAAUUAGUGUUUUCUUUUUUUUCCCUGGAUAUAUAUCCGGGAGUGGGGUUGCUGGAUCAUAUGGUGGCUCUAUUUUUAGUUUUUAAAGGAUCUUUCAUACUGUUUUCCAUAGUGGCUGCACCAAUUUACAUUCCCAGUGUAAAAAGAUUCCCUUUUCUCCACACCCUCUCUAGCAUUUAUUAUUUGUAGACUUUUUGUUGAUGGCCAUUCUGACUGAACACCAGUCAGCUUUAAUGCUGUCUUCAACUCUCCCAAGGCCCAGCGGGGGGAAGGGGUAGGCCCUUAACUGAAGGGGGCUGUGGGAGCUCUGGGAUCUCACCCCUCAGGGAGAGGCUCUGGGACGGCGCCCCUGCAGGGAAAGUUCAGUCAUUGGAGGGUGGAGAAGGAGCUAUAUUUGUUUGGCAGCCUGUGGGUCCCAGAAGUAAAGAGGUCCUUCCACAUGUAGUCAGAAGUAUGAGGGAGCUUUCAUCACCUGGGUCAUCAGCAGGACCCAGCAGGUGUAUGUCCAGCUGCCCUCAGGCUGCCUGGGGAUACCACCCAGCCUGCCCCUGUCGGCCCAGGUGGUGUUAGUCUGAUGCUCACUAGCCGGGUACAAGUCCCUGACCCACACCAUUGUUUAAAAAUAAAGUACUACAAAGCAGUUCUCCUUUACAUUUCGAAUAUAGCGUGGCUGCCUAAAUUGAAAGGACUGUGUUAUAAUCAGCUGGCAACAGGUAGUUUUAUUUUUCAGGCCUACAAGCUACUUCAGGGAAUAGUCUGGUAAGCAAAAAAACCAAACCAAACAAAAAAACAAAAACAAAAAACAGCUUAGUUACAAAAUGGAUUUGCUUUGGGGGUCCCAGUCUCAGGGAAGUGUUGUUCUGGGGACUUCUUACCAGUACAGCGUGUGAGGCCAGCUAAGGAUCUUAACACUGCAUAGUUUUCCUCUUAAACACCUGAGAGUUUGCAGUAUGCUCCUUUCUGCCCCCUGAAUUAAGGCAGCAGAGGUGCUGCUUUUUGGUGUGGCCUCUUCAUCGCCCCUCUAUGUGGCUGCAUCUCAGGCAAGAUCAGCCCCUGCUGGAUGGUGGCGCCUCGGCGCGGAUCCCCCAGGGAGGCUCCUGCGCUUCCCCGGCCGAGCCCUCCCCACGUUAUUGCGUUCACGUGUUUCACGUCUUCCCUGUUCCUGUGGACAGUCUGUGAAUGCAGAGUGUUCCUAAUUCCCCCAGAGCCUGGAACAGUGCCUGGCACAGAGCAGGUGCUCAAUGAACGAAACCCGUGUCCUUUCCUUUGCAAAUGAGGAGGUACUGUAGCAUUUGGGCCCCACUUUGUUUUCCCAGUAGAGAGGAUGGGUUUGCAGUGGUCCCUCACUGCAAUUCCCGGCAGCCCCAGAGGGGAAGUGCUGAUGUUUGGAUGCGUUACAGCCAGCCUCCGUGGGCGGGUGAAGGGCUGGAGCGGGGGAUGGUGAGAAGGAGAAGCUGUGUCCCCUGCGGGGUCCCCUGCUGAGCCGCUCCCUCCCCAGGCUCCUCCCCACCCCCAUGCCAGGAGCACAGGGAGUUAUUGCCUCCAGAGGGCCGCCUCCCGUGUCGGCGGGUCUUUGAUUCGUGCAGAGAGUCUGUGGCGGCUCUCGGGUUCCCCACUUUCCGGAAGGAGAGUGAAGCAGCUCGGCAGGAGGCUUGAGGCAGCGGUGGGGGUCAGGGUGAGCCUCCUUCUGUUCCUCGCCAUCCUCCCUCGCCUGCAGAGCCCCGCCACUUCUCUUAAAGGCCGAGCUUGUUUCCUCACUAGUCAACGUAAGGACACACACGCCACCAUGCCGCCCCCAGACUCAACUGAGACCUCCGGGAGCAUGGAACCUGACACCACGGCAGGAGGUGGUCAGGGGGUAUCGAAUAUUCUGGGUAAUUCCACACCAGCAAGGCCACCUCUAGCAAGUCCCCUUUCCCGUGAGAGCUUCGAGUCACGCAUUAUUAGCUUUCUGCUCACGUCACCGGCCCAAGCAGGGGUCUCGGUAGUUAUGCACAAUCGCAGAAGCAGCAUUGAGCAGGGCUGGGAGAAGCCGGUGGCCCUGCCACACGCAGCAGGGGUCUCUUCCCACCAAGGUCCCGACAGCACCGGGUCGCAUGGCAUCCUGUGCGUCCUGCCCGGGGCGCAGCUGGCGGAGGCCCCCGCCCUGCUCGGGGCUCCCCUCCGUUCCUCACCGCCUCCCUGAAGCCAGCCGCUCCUCCGGGCUGGGGCAGCGGGGCACAGUACAAAGUCCUGCAUCAGCUGUUCUCACUCUGCCACCUAGGCUGACUUCUUGCCUCUCACUCCAAGCCUCACGCUGCGCAGCCUCUCAGAUGCCCAGCAUCUUUUCAGCUUUCGAUGUUCCAGUUUCCCGCAGGCCCUGAUCCUGUCAUUGCUUCCUCUGUGGCUCCAGGACACGGCCAAACCCCACCCCCCAGCCCACGCUUCUCCGCUCUUCUUCCACGGGGGAUCCCAGCCCCCUGGUCGACAUCUCCCUUCAUACAUGAACCCUUCCCUUUGAUUGACGGGCUGGGUUGACCUCGAGAGUUCACGUAAUUGGACAGGGGACAACCAAGACACCCCCCCACCCCGACAACCUCUCUCUGCACUGCAGAACAGACAGUGUCAGGAAGGACCUAGUGCGGGGACACCUACCUGCCACCUUUGCCCUGCUCCUCAGCUCCAUGUUAUAGACAGGGUGACUGUGGAGCCCAUCUGUGUGAUACAGACAAGGAUGGAGAGAAGCGUCCUGAAUCCCACCUGCCUUCGAUCCUAUCUGACGCGUACCUGUCAUAUCUGAGCUGCAGUCUUUGGGAAGGAUAGCAGUAGUCACUUACUAGUGGCAGCUGUGUGGAGAAGGAGGGCCCAUCUUCUAGUGGGGGAGAGGGUGGUGAUUUGGAGUUUGCAAGCUGUAAAUACACAUGUUGACUCCUUACAAUUUUGGGAGGCCUGUGUCUGCUUCACCCGUUGAUUAAACAUAGGGCUUCAUGGGGGAUGGAAAUGAGGCAGGGGAUAUUGUCCCAGCCACUGAGUUAUGAAGGUCUUGUGAAGGCUGAUGGUCCUUCUCCCAGCUCCCUGCUGUACUCUGGAGCAGAGCCAGGGGUGCAGGCAUGUGGAGACCCAGCAAUUUACUGCCAUCUGCUGAAACUUGCUUUUUCUUUUUUCAUAUUUGUUAUAUCUACAUUCUUAUAUUUUAUAAAUUUAUUUCUAUUAAAAUGAUUUUAUGUAUUAUUUAUUUAUUGUUAUACAUUUAUAUGUUUAUGUACACAUUUACAUAUUUAUACAUUAUCAAUAUAUAAAUAUCAAGAUAUAUAAUAAUAAUAUAUAAAAUCAAUAUAUAUAUCAAUAAAUAUCAACAACAUAUAAAUAAAAGGACUGUAUACUGAAGUCCCAUGUAUUAUC